AUGAAGUUCGUCAUGUCUCUCCUCGCUGCCGCCUCCCUGGUCGCCGCCCAGAACCCCCUCAACGACAUUCCUGAAUGCGCCAAAGACUGUGUAGGCCAGAAUCUCAGCGGCAACAGUAUUGCCGGCUGCAGCCAGCUCGACUACAAGUGCGUCUGCAGCAACAAGGACUUUAUCAACAAGAUUGCCUGCUGCCUGGCCCCCGUCUGCGACGACAAGGGAAAGGCCGAUACAAUUGCUCUCGCCAACAGGCUCUGCAAGGCCUUUAACGUCGACCUGCCUACCGCCGUCGUCUGCAACACAGGUGCCAGUGCCUCGUCUACGGCCGCUUCAACCGGCUCGGCCACCUCUUCAUCAAACGCUUCCAGGACCACCGAUGCCUCGACCAGUGCUGGUAGCAACGGUGCGGCUGCCUCGACCACCUCGAAUCCCAACGCCGCUCCCACCAACGUCGCUGGCAUCAUGGGAGCCGCCGCCGCUCUUGCCUUUGCUCUGUAA